AAAAAAUUUUGAUAGUUACUAUAUAUUAAUGUCAAAUGCUCACAUAACCUCAAAAUUUUGUUAAAAAAACCUUCAAUUUGAUUAAUUGAUUAAAUAGCUCCAUAUGUACACUCAGCGAUUUCUAACCUUAAAAAGUUUCCUUUCAACUUCAAGAAUUUAUUAUUCAAGAAAAAUGAGUAAAUGUACAAUUGGUGUGGGUCAAAUGACCUCAACGAAUAAUAAGGAAGAAAAUUUAAAUGUUGUUAAACGAUUAGUUCAAGAAGCAGCUGAUAAAAAAGCAAAGAUGAUUUUUUUACCUGAAGCUUGUGAUUAUCUUGCUACACAUAGAGAAGAAGCCAAAACUUUAGCAGAAGAAUUAAACGGGCCUUUAAUUAAAGAGUAUUUGAAUUUAGCAAAAACUUUUAAAAUGUGGCUAUCAAUUGGUGGUUUUCAUGAAAUUGUUAAAGACAAAAAUGAUACUGUAAAGUUAAAUAAUUGUCAUAUUAUUAUAAAUGAUCAAGGAAAUAUUGUGUCUGUAUAUAGAAAAUUACAUUUAUUUGAUGUAUCCAUUCCAGAGAGAAACAUUAAUCUUAAAGAAUCAGAUGAUGUCGUUCCAGGUAAAGAAAUUGUAGAACCAGUACAAACUCCGUGUGGAUUAGUUGGAUUAGCUAUUUGUUAUGAUUUAAGAUUUCCAGAGUUAAGUGUAUUAUUAAGAAAGAAAGGUGCUUCAAUAUUAACAUUCCCUUCAGCUUUUACACAAUUAACAGGUCAAGCUCAUUGGGAGGUUCUUCUUCGAGCUAGAGCCAUAGAAAAUCAAUGUUAUGUUAUUGCAGCUGCUCAGUAUGGAAAUCAUAAUAAAAAAAGAGUUUCUUUUGGUCAAACAAUGGUGGUUGAUCCAUGGGGAAAAGUUAUUGGGGAAUUAAAAACUUAUUCAGAAAAUGUUCCUAAAGAUGAAGAAUUAUUAAUGGUCGAUAUAGAUUUGGGGCUAAUUGAUAAAAUAAGAAUGGAUAUGCCAGUAUUGGAGCAUCGCAGAGAUGAUAUUUAUAAAAUAAUUCAAUUGGAGAAGGGGUUAAUAUCGCCGGAUUCUCAGGAGAGUUUUAGUUUUGCCCAAAAAACUAUUUUAUCUUCACAAGCUUUUUUAUGUACACAACAUAGUUUUGCUUUUACGAAUAUUCGAUGCGUUGUACCUGGACAUGUUUUGGUUGCUUCAAAAAGGAUAGCAAAAAGAUUAGAAGAUCUUUCACCAGAUGAAAUAUCUGAUUUAUUCCAAACUGUCGUUAAAGUGCAAAGAGUAAUGGAAACUGUUCAUGGGGCUAAUUCAUCGACGAUUUGUGUGCAAGAUGGAAAAUGUGCUGGUCAAACAGUUCCGCACGUUCAUGUCCAUAUUCUUCCAAGAAAAUCGGGUGAUUUCGAUAGAAACGAUGAUAUUUAUCAAGAAUUAGCGAAUCACGACCGUGAUGAUAGUAUAAUAAGACCGCCUGAAGAAAUGGUGGAAGAAGCAACGUUAUUAAGAAAAUAUUUUUAUUUAAAAUGAUUUUAGGUAGUUUGUAGGAAAGGAAGUAAAAGAAACAAAUAAAUUUUGUAUGAGAUCUGGCAACAUUAUGUUUAUUUUUCUUUUAAUAUCAGAUGUUAAUGCUUUAUACAGCGUAAUGGUAGUAGUUACAUAGUAACAACUUUGUUAUCUUUUAAUAUUUUCUUUUUAGAUUUUUUUCCGGUUGUUUGUCCGUCCUCUGUCGUCAUUAUUCGACUUUCUACUUAACACUUAUAACUAAAAAAAUCUCUACCGCUAAGUUUAUCUUUCAAUGUGCUGUGAAAUGAUAUAUUUAUAAUAAUAUACCAUCGUAGAGUAUAACUAGUAUCGUCUCUUUUUUUAAAUUUUCUUUUAAUCGUUUUAGUCGUUCGUUAAUUUUUCUUCAAAUUUGUUUAUAGAAAAGGUGCAAUAAACAUGCAAUUGAAGGGGU